UUUCUAAACAUUAGUGCAUGCUGGAUUCAAAAAUAUUUAGUUUUAAUUUAUUUAAUUACAAAAAUGUCUAAUGACGGAGAAAAGUCUUCAACAUCAAACGGCUUAGCUCCAGAUCCGCAGCAGAGGCUGGCGUCGUUAAAACCAACCCGAGACCUUACCUUGGGCGGAGUAAAACCUAACAAAAAAGUGUUCACACCGAAUUUAAACGUGGCUAGGAACAAAAACAAGGGACCGAACUUAAACGCAGCUAGAGACCACAAAAGAGACGACAAAGGCAAGAGGGACCGUAAAAACGAUAAAAACAGGAACAUUAAAAAUGGACCAAAUGUUAUCAAAUCUUCUGGGGUCUUCUCUGAAGGACUGGGGGCAGUGGAGAGGCAGCCCGGACGCUUCGGGUCUUAUGGCAACCGGGAUGGUGGAGGCACACCCGCUGCUACUCUUCAGAAACCUACCAUUAGAGUCAGAGACUUUGUCAAAGUUGACAAAGACCUGGAAGACCAGAAAAUAAGAAGAGUCAUGGGCCAUGACAGCCCCGAGGAUGAGGAAUACGAGGACUUCAAACUGGUUUCUGAAAAAGAUGGUCCCAUCAAGCUGCCCAUGGAUACCGGAGCAUUGGACCGCCCAAAGCCGGUGCAGGUAAAACAGGAGGUGGUCGUGAAGGCGGAGCCUGGCGAGGACGCGGAGAGCACCAGUAAGAACCCUAUAGCGACGGUGCCCGCCCCGAUCGUGGUCAACCUGCUCAAGAAUGACCAACCGACGCUCAUAUUGUUGCAGUUACCCGACUCUCUGCCGGGGCGCGGCAGCGGCGGCGGCGAGCCGGAGCCCUCCACCUCGGGCUCCGCGGGGGACAACAAGGAAGAAGGGCCGCCGACCGAGGGCAGGUGUCGCCUGAGUGACCUGGAGGAGGGCCGCAUCGGCAAGCUACGAGUGCACGCGUCCGGCCGCGUCACGCUCGCUCUCGGGGACACCAUUUUUGAGGUCAGCACCGGUACAAAGGCAGCCUUCUACCAAGAAGCAGUGUCCGUGGCCGCAGACGACUCCUCGCGCUCCGCGAACAUGAUCUCUUUGGGACCCCUACAACACAAACUCAAUCUCACGCCGGAUUGGGAAGCCAUGUUCCAAGAUAUGCCUGUCUAGUGUUCAAAUACAAUUAUACCAUAAAUAGUGUUACAUAUAAGGUGGCUAAAAAAACAUACAUUGGCCUUAAAGUCUAUUACAGACUAUAUAAACUGUGUCAGGUAGGGCGACAACGUUUUUGAUGGCUGUGUAAGCCAAUACGGGAACG